GGCAGCGAUCUCCCAGUUUGCUAGCUAUAAUACUGCCACAUGCGACAAAGUUUCUUGCAGCGUAGUCUCCCCUCAGCCGAUUCCCGCUUCACCAGUCGCUUACAGGCGCGCAGAAAACCCAUUUUCACAGCUACUUUCUUACUUUAUAACUCUGAUUUCUCUUUGACUUUCAAGCCUGUAUCUAAUGGACGGACCCGUUCGGAUUUUUUACCGUCACGAUGUUUUUUCCCCUCAAAUCCUCCCACUGGCUGCAAUCCGACCCAUCUAGUGAGAGGAGUGUUCCAGCAGAGGGUGCGUGUGUAGGCUGCGCAUUUCUGAGCGAGUCAUGGCUGACGGUUUGAGGAUCCUCUCCAUCGUCCUGUUCCUCAGCUGGACUGGGCCUGUCGGCUGUUCAUCUGUUCCCUUGUCCUUCCGCUCGGAGCCCCUCUCCUCUCUGCAGCGAUGGGGGGGCGUGGUCAACCUGCGGUGUUCGGCCCACCCCCCCACGGCACAGGUGUCCUGGCGAUUUGGGGGGCGGCCCCUCGACCCCCAGUUGGCGGAGGGGGUGCGCCUCCGAACGGGCACGCUGACACUGCCCUCUCUGGAGCUGAGCCAGGCGGGGGUGUACCAGUGCGUGGCACGUUCGGGGCGGGCAGCCAUCGCCAGCCGGCUGGCUCGCGUCGCUCUCGCGGGUAUCUCUGAGUUUGCCGAGUCCCAGAAGCGCACCCUAUCUGUAGAGGAAGGGAGUGCGGCCGUCAUCACCUGCCUGCUGCCGCACAGUGACCCUCCCGCCAUGCCCCGGUUUCGGGUUCGAGGGCAGUGGCUACAGCAGUCCACAGAGGAAUAUUUAAUUCUUCCAUCUGGGAACCUUCAGAUUACUUCUGUCACCCCUGAGCAUCAGACGAAUUAUAAAUGUGCUGCAUACAACCCCAUAACUCAGGAGACCAGGACAGAAACCCACGGCACCAAACUGACCGUCACACGUGCAGAGGGGCCCUCCUCCGCGCAUAUUGUGUUUCCUGCAGCCCCGCAGAUCGUUUCUGUCCUCCGCUCGCAGUCGCUCACUUUGGAGUGCGUCCUGUCAGGAGGCCCCCUCACACAUGUCCGCUGGUCUAAGGAUGGACAGGAACUGCUCGGCGGGGAAAACCACAGACUGUUACGCAACAACUUGGUGCUGGUGGCUGCGAAGAAGGGCGAUGCGGGGAGCUACCGGUGUUUGUACCGGACAGAGGAUGGGGAGGAGCUCAGCGCGAACUACACUGUCCGCGUGCUUGAGCCUGCAUCGGUGCUGCAAGGUUUGACCAGCCAAUCGGUGCCCUCUGCUUCCGCCGUGCGCUUCGUCUGCAUGGCACAGGGGGACCCGGCUCCCAACAUCACUUGGCUGUUUAACUCGGACCCCAUCGUCCCCUCGGCCCGCUUUCGGGUCUCCGGGUCGUCCCUCCGCAUUGCCUCUGUGACGCCGGAGGAUCAGGGCGUGUACCAGUGCCUUCUGGACAACGGGAUUGGCUCUGCCCAGUCAGCUGGCUCUCUCACCGUACUGACAGGUUCAAGCUCCAAACCGGUCAUACUCACCCCACCGCUGAGCGGGGCUUUUCAGGAGGGCGACGACGUCUUCCUGUCCUGUAACGCCAGCGGGCAGCCCCUCCCGGCGAUUCGCUGGUACAGCUCCGAAGGCCCGAUUGCCACGCACCCUGCCCGCCUCCUGCAGCCCCCACAGGGCCCUGGCAGAGCUCCCGGGGACGGCCUUCCCCACCUCACCAUGUCCCGCCCGGGAAGCAGCUCGCUCUACAUCCAGGCAAUCAGCCGAGCACAUGCCGGAAAGUACAUCUGCGAGGCCUCCAACAGGCUGGGCACGGUGCAGGCUGAGGCCUUCCUCACUGUCGUUCCAGUUCAGAGCAGCACAGUAAGUGCUGUUAUGGACAGUACACACUCCCUGGACUCAGUACAGAAUGAUGGAGGCGAGGAGCAGUACUUACCCGGAGAAGAGGCCGCACACAGCCAGGAUAAACCCACAGAAAAGACGAGCGAUCUUCCCACUCCAGAAGCACCCAUCAUCACCAGCUCCCCACAGACACACAAACCCAACGUGUAUGACCUGGAGUGGAGGGCUGGCCGGGACUGGGGCAGUCCCAUCAAUGCCUACUUUGUGAAGUAUCGCAAGCUGGAUGACCUGGGAAACGUGGUGGGAGACUGGCACACGGUGCGGGUUCCUGGCAGCGAGAAAACCCUGCGGCUCUCUGAGUUGGAGCCCUCGAGCCUCUACGAGGUCCUGAUGGUGGCCCGGAGCAGCGCCGGAGAUGGGCAACCGGCCAUGCUCACGUUCCGCACCGGAAAAGAAAGGAGCACCGUGUCCAAUAAGAAGCCCUCCAAGGUUCCGGAACUGUCCCAAUCGGACGAGACGCCCAGGCACGAGAACUCGAAGACUCACUUCGGGGUAGUGAUGCAUGACAGAGUACCUGAAGCUCCGGAUCGUCCCACCGUGUCCAUGGCGACGGAGAGUUCCGUGUAUGUCACAUGGAUUCCGCGGGCCAAUGGCGGCUCUCCCAUCACCGCCUUCCGCGUGGAGUAUCGGCGUCAGGGACGCAGCACGGAAUGGGUGACGGCAGCGGACAACAUCUCGCCCCUCAAGCUGUCCGUGGAAGUGAGGAAUUUGGAGCCAGGCUCCACGUACCGGUUCCGUGUCAUUGCCGUGAACAUGUACGGCGACAGUCUGCACAGCUCCCCCUCUCGGCAGUAUCAGGUGUCCUCAGUCAGUCCGCCCGUCUCCAAUCGACCCGUGGCUGGCCCGCAUAUAUCCUCCACGGAAGCCAUCAGUGAAACGCAGAUCAGGCUGCGUUGGACCUACACGCCGUCAAGCAACAACAACACGCCCAUUCAGGGCUUCUACAUAUACUACAGGCCCACGGACAGUGACAACGACAGCGACUAUAAGCGGGACGUCGUCGAGGGACUCAAACAAUCGCACCUGAUUGGACAGUUGCAGCCGGAGACGUCGUACGACAUCAAGAUGCAGUGUUUCAAUGACGGGGGCGAGAGUGAAUAUAGCAAUGUCAUGAUCUGUGAGACCAAAGCACGACCUGCCCCGGGCAUGGUGCCCGUGAACCCUGUCACGCCACCGGGGCCCUAUUCCCUGGACCCCCAGACCCCUCCCGGGGGCCUGCUCUACCUGAUCGUGGGCAGCGUGCUGGGAGUGAUGGUGCUCAUCCUGUUGGUCUUCAUCGCCAUGUGUCUGUGGAGGAACCGGCAGCAGGGCAGUCUGCAGAAAUUCGACCCCCCCGGAUACCUCUAUCCGGCCGCCGAGAUCAACGGACAUGUGCUGGACUACACUGCCCACAUCAAUGGGAGCGUCAAUGGCGGCCUGCGCGGGGGAUACGCCCACCAAGGUUAUAUCCCGCCUCCCGGAUGCCCCCACCUUCACCAUAAGCUGCCAAACGGCUUGGCGCUGCUCAAUGGCACCGCUGGGCUCUAUGCCCCUGCGCGCCCCCACCCUCACAGCCACAAAGGCCCCCCGCACCUUGGGGCUCUGGAGUACGAGGGCCCGGGCGGCCACCCACAGGAUGGGGGCGGAUUAUACACCGUGGUGCCCCAGUCUGACCCCACGGACUGCAUGAGCUGCCAGAAUUUCUGCAAUAACAACAGAUGUUACUCUAAAACAAAUGCCAGUUUCACAAAUGGAUCAAUUCCCUUGAAGCAGCAGCGGGUGGCCCACCAGGCCGAAGGGCUGGAAAUGAUACCCCUGGGUCACGUGACCCAAGGUUGUCACUCCCCUAAUGGCGCACAUUGCCCAGCAGAGGAGUGCGACCUCUCUGGGGGGGAUUGGGAGGAGACGGGGGCGCCACCCUCUUUGCAGCUCUCUUGCUGUCAGGCAGGAGAACAUCAACACUGCCUGUCAGAAGAUAAAGGUGAUGAGUUGCAGUGCAGAAACACAGAAGAGUCUGAAUUGUGCUGGGAUAGCCUGGACCUACCUGAACUUGACUGUAAGGAGAAGGCAGGCUGGAGAUCGGGGGAUAUAAUGAAACCGGCCUUGCAAGAGACCUGAACGCACAGCCCACCCCCUCUGUAGUCCGCACUAUGGAUAUACACACAAAGAGGCAGCACUUGCACUCAGAGAAAUGGGACCGGAGAAAAACAAGGAGCAGCCAACACAGGGGAAACACAGAGCAGCUUCUGUGAUGUCAUAGACAAUAAUUUCCAUGGCAACAAGGACACAGCGCAGACUGUGGUCGGAUCUCGGACGAGGGAUUUAAAGAAAAAAAGAGAUGUGAGUUAGAGACUCCAAGUACAACCCAUGAUUGGGAAGAGAGAACACAACAAAAUCUCUGUAUAAAACUUAUUUAUUUUUCGUAGUAGUAAAAUAUUUCAUAUGAAUGUAUCUGUUUUAAGAAAAGUUUUUCUUUUAUAUUAUUUAAGCUUUUUAUUUUGUUCUGUGCCUUUGCUGUGCUUUCCACACAAUGUGGAGAUUAGCCUUUCAAUGUGUAAAAAGUUUUUUUUUUAUAUAAUAUAAAGAGAAAUUAUGGAAAAUAAGAUAGACUUGUGCUGUACUUUCUUCUUCUUUUUCUGCUGCAGUGCAUGAACCAGACCUAAAUCACAGCUACCAAAACGUUGUUUGGAAAAUGACAAAGUGACCAUACUUUUUUUCUUCACUGCCAGUAAUAUCUGUUAAGAUUUUUUUUUUGUAACAAUCCUAGUCCUAGAUCACGAGUACAUUAGCUGGCAGGAUGCAGAGGCCGCACCAAUCUGUAUGACACUCAUCGAGAUAAUACACAGGUCUGUGUUUUACUAAGUUAUUACAAUUUCAAGAUGCCCCCACAGAACUGUGUCCAUACCAACGGCUGUGCUGUUGUGUUAUACCACAGUGGUGUGGUUCCAUAUGCUGAACAUUAAUUGCUGGGAUCCGUCUUGGAUGUUCUUCGAUGGGUUUUUACGCAGGCAAAAGAAAAAAGCUUUGGUCAGUCUUGUUCAGUUUACAAUGUGCUUUUCAAGCUGUGAGAAUGUGUCAUGUGCCAGGGAUUGGAAUGUCAGUAAUGAUAAAUUCAUACAUUUCAAAGGUUUUUUUAAAUGAUACACCUGAUUGUUCAGAAUCACUACUUUAAAGGAUAUACAAAGUUAUCAUAUAUUAAAAUAUGUAAAGCAA